UUAAGUGAAUAAGAAUGCGUCAGUUUGCAAAGAACAAUAAGUAUUCUUAAAACUCUUUGUUUUCUUGUAGGUCCUUUAGCAUGCAUGAACAUCAACCACCACUGUUCUAAUCAGUGAUGGUUGUAACCACCACUGAAUACACCAUUAAGGCAGUGUCUUGCAGACUCAGAUUUUUUCGAGAAAUUCAAGUCCGGGAACCAAGAUGUAAAUGCCUUCCUUUCGUCAGAAAGGCUACAAACCUAUAGGGGAAACAAACCAUUCCAUGCAUUUUACUAUGGUUUCUCUUGCUGCUACCAAUAUGCAUUCUUACCAUGAAAAUUGCACUUGCGCAGGACACGACUCUGGUCGAAUGUUUUCACACAUCAAAUUCACUUCAGGCUGAGAGUGAAACUUUUCAUAAUUUGAUUAGAAACGGAACCAAUGUGAUAUUCAUGGACUUGGUGUUUUCUGAGGGAGCAAAUACAGACAAUGCUGAAUUCCUUGAGAGACAAACAGUACAGCGUUGGGUAUGGAUAGGGAAGAAGUACCAAUAUGUCCUGGGGUACCCAGAGGAUGUAGACGUGUACAGCUUUGGCCUUUUGAAAGCUAAACAAGAGUCACUAAGUGUCAAUAUAUCCAUCGGCAACUUUUCAGAAGUUUGUAAAUCACAGUUUGAUAUUUACCUUUCACAAUACCUGCUAGACAUUAUAGAUGAGAACACGACCCGUACUUUUGAAGUACCAGAUGGAUACCUUUGUCAUUCAAAUAUAAAAGACGAUAAAAUACGAGAUGUUGUAAGUGAUAUAUCGGGCGUUCAGAUUGGAUAUAAUUUCAUGUGCAUCGCGGAUGAUGAAGACAAAUUUACUAUGGUUGAAAAAUCGUAUAUAAAUAUCAUUGUCAUUGUUAUAAUUAUGUUGGUGUAUUCUUUCUACCCGCUUAUUAUAGAGUUAUCGUUUUAUGUACGAGAUACAGAAAACAGAUUUGAUAUGUACUACAUGUCUGACUCGCCUUACAGUCCUGCCAGAUUUUGUAGGUGUUUGAUCUUUACCGGAAAUAACAAGUACUACGCAGCAAUGCGCAUUAUAAUUCUAAUUACCAUUGUUACGUCAGGUGUGUAUUUACUUAAAUCAUAUGUAUAUGAGCAAUGCAACUGCUCUUUGAAAUCCACAAACAUAGAACAGGAUUUUCAACAUGCUGAAAACUACUACACCACCUUAACAAAUAACGCGUUGCUCGUCUGGGGCGUUGUCAAUUUUUUUCUUCUCAAUGUAGCAUUGUUAUUAAACUCUGAUGGCAUACUAGACGACUUCUUAAUCGUUGACUUUACUGGAUUACGUAAUGGUGAUUUCUUCCUAAAACUAAUACCAGUGGCUGUCUUCCUAAAGGAUCAUCAAAAACCAAGGACUUCGUUAAAAAUUCAAAAGUUAUCGCUGAUUUUAACCUACAAGUUUUGGUCCAAGAUUUUCUUCAUUAACAGCAUUACUUCCAGUAGUAACUUUCCUCACGUGCAAUGCAUUAUUACAUUUCCUUUAAACGUUAUGUUGAUCUUAUGUAAUACGUUUUGUCCUUUGGUUUCUAUUCUUUAUGCGUUUUAUGUAAAAUUCAUUUCGUUGGUGGGUAUGUGCAUAUUUUCCUCUCCUAUGAGGAAGCUUUCAAAAUCUAGCCCUCGCAUUACUGUUAUUUUUCAAUGUAUUGGCAGUAUGUUCACCCAUGUAGGGGCUCUGGCCUACAUCAUCACUUCUUACAUGUAUUCAUUUAACAUUUUCUUUUACGGUAUAAGUUAUCUUAUUCAGUUUUUUGUAUACACUGCGCUUUUAGCUGUACCUCAUUUUUCUGUAGAAACAUUUAUAUAUGUUAUAUAUCUUACUUCUCUUGUGUUAUACAUUUGUCGCUAUAUUUAUCAAUUUACAAAACUUUAUAAAAAUCUUCUAGACGAGGUCCAUGAUCUUACGGAGGAUAAACGCAUUCCUAUUAAAUGUUUCAAGGAGAUUGUUGAUAAAUAUUUUCCUCUUAGAAUAGAGGUGUUCUUUCUGUUUAUAAAGAUAAUAUCAUCGGUUUUAUUUUUUCUUAUAAUAUUUGAUACCAUGCAGAGAGUCGGAUAUGUAAAAAUUGGAGCCCAACCAGAUUUGACUACAUUUAUAACACUUCUCUUCCUGUUUGGACCCCCGCGAAUUGUUGAAAUCCUGCUUGUAACCGACUUUACAAGCAGGGUCCAUUUGAAGCAUUUAGAAAUAAAGAAAAUUGUCGAGGGAAUGCGAAAUACAAUAAAGGAGAACUCUGUUACGACAGUUAACAUUUUAUCCGAAACAGAAACUCGCCAAUUGAUGGACGGUGCGUUUUUUAAGUAUAUAUAUAGAACAUACAAAACAAACUUUAAACAUCCUAAAUUAAACGUCCCAAAACAAACUCAAAAUGCUUCGGACAUUGAAUUGGACAGCAAUGGAAGUACAGGAAGUGAAACAUGUGAAGAGUGUUGGCGGAAUCGGCGCUAUGAAAAUUGGUGUUUCGAAGAUGGUCAAAAUUUCUGUCGAUGUUGUUGCAACUGUGUGUUUCGUUUCAUCUAUACGCUUUGUUGUGGAUGUAUGUGUCCUAUUCAUUUGAAUGAAUGUCUGUAUUGUAUGAUAUUAAAUGUAAAACAGGAAGAACAUUCAAUCGACGUCAAAACUAAUCGUAUUGAAGUCAAUUACAGCUGCAUCCCACUUGUUGAGGAGCAUGGAAAUCAAGACGACACCAAUCUCAACACUCAAGAGGACACUGCCGUAUAAGCUCAACAGGAUGUUGAUGGUAUAUUCCACUGUAUGAUAAACCCGAAACCCUAAAGACAGUCCUGAUGUGUCGGAACGAAAAGUUGCAAACUUUAUUAUCUGAGGAAAAUGAUACCGAAGGGAACAGAAUGCAUGUAAUAAUGAUUUUUUUUUUACUUUAUCUAAUUGAACUGUACUAGUAGAUAAUAUCGUAGUUACAGUCUCUACGAAGCUGUGGCAUCUUUCCUGUGCAACUAUCAUUAACCACCAAAGCAUAUAAUUCACAUAGUAAUCAUGUACUCACAUAUUACAUUUGCUUCUCAUUUGAUUAACAUUGAAACUUUUUUUUUCAAUAAAUGAUGGAGGUUACAACAGACUCUUUUAGAGUCAUCAUUUUGAAGAAGAAAAAUCGGUCGUUUUUGGUUAUCUCUUUUUGCAAAUACAACCUGUCACUUGAUCAAAUGUUGUCUAACGUUCUUUACACACUGAUUAUGGAUUACUCCAUCCACCUGAUCAAGAUCGAGGACUCAUGGCAGGUAUGCCCGGCAAACAGGGGAUUAUUACUCUUUCUAGACGUCUGGUCCCUCCUCUGGUAUUUCCAGGGCUCCUUGUUUACCCUGCCAUUGUUUAUAGGAUUUAUUAGAUUUAUCACCAUUUUACAACUUCAUUGUUUUUAUUGUAACUGAUAUAUUGAACAUUGGUUAAAAUAUUGCACUGUUUGGACAUUUCUUUAUGAUUUCUGUUAAAAUCUUCUUAUAAAAACUUUUGAUGAAAGUUUUGUUCGAAUUGUAAGUUUUUUACCUGGAAUUUUCGUUUUGUGUGUUUAAGGAUUGAAUUUUUCUCAUUGAUAUUCGACGUAUUGCAAAAUGAUUUUGUGCUCUGUUUUAAUUGUGUCCAGAACACAAUCUUUUCAUACAUUAGAAAAUUUAAAAUUCUAUUGUGUCAGUUGUGCAUACAAAUUGUUUAAUGUGCAUUUUGUCAUAAUUUGCGGGAUAAACACUAUUUGUCUGAACAAACUCUUUUGUAAAGCACCUUUCCUUAAGAUUGUUUGGACUUAAUAUCAUAUUAUUAUUGUAUUACGAUAGAUAAAGAAAUGAUGUAAAUAAGGGAUCUUGAAUCAAAUAAGAAAAAUAUUUGUUAUUUAGUGGGACAUCAUAUUGUUAGACAAUGAUGUACAUGUAAAUAUAGUAUGCAUUUUGUAAUUGAUGACAUUUGACCCUAAGUUUCUUCAUUAUAUUUGUCAUAACGUUUGUUAAAAACUUAUUUAAAACCGUAGGCUCACUGGGGGCCGUCAGGGAAAGUCAAACACUCACAACCAAACAUAUUUCAAUUAGUUAACCGCCUAAAAUGGCUGACAUAUUGCCAAAACGGCGUAAAACCUCACACAAUCUCUACAAAACUGAUUAAGAUCUAUGUAAAGAUUAUUUUCUUUUAAAAAUGUGACAUUCACUAAUCACCAUGCUAAGUAAUUUCAGAUUGUGUCGAAUGGAUGCAGAAAGGCAAAUUAUGGUUAAUAUUGUACUCUGAGUGUUGUUACUUAACAAUAUAAAAUAUUGAUUUCUAAAUAAAAUUUAUCAAUUUCA